GGCGGCUUCGCGGCCCCUGAAAGUCGUUGCCAGCCAGCGGGGUCCUGCAAAAGCCCGGCGGAUCCCCUCCCUGAAAGAUUUAGGAGCCAGUUGGCGAAUUGCAUUCCUUCGCGUGAUGGCCCAUCUCCAUUCUCCCUCGUAAGCGGGCCCUUUUUGUGCUUUCCCUGCUCCGUCCUCGGUUUUCGGUCGCAAAGUGAACAAAAUUUACGUCGAGAUGGCGCGCAAAAAGGGAACUCCAGUGCGGAUGGUUGUCGUGCCUCCGGUCGAGAAGGGUUCCACCAAGAAACGACUCAGCAACAUCACCAGCGACAGCUUUGGGCACAGUGCCAAAAAGGCUCGGAUCGAGGACAAAACCGACUAUUCGCGAUGGCGGCUUCACGACGACGAGAGCCGGCACACAUGGCAAUAUUUGGAGGAUGACGAAGCCGCGAAAGAAUGGCCGCAGACGCAUGCCGAUAAAUAUUUUCUUGGUCUUCCUCUAGUACGCGCUUCGAGUGCGAGCCGCCAACCGUAUAGCUGUCCUCCAUUUGCUGACCUUUCCACCCCCUGCCUCCAGGAUCUCCCCGACCUGCCAACAGCGCAAAACCCCCUCGAUGCGGUCCGGAACGGCCUUACCUUCUUCGAGAAGCUCCAACUCCCCUCUGGCCACUGGGGCUGCGAUUAUGGCGGGCCCAUGUUCCUCCUUCCAGGCACCGUCAUUUCCUGGUACGCGACCAAGACACCGAUCCCCUGGUACUAUGCCACCGAGAUUAAGAACUACCUCUUCGCCCGCGCGCAUCCCGAAGAUGGAGGCUGGGGCUUGCACAUCGAGGGCGAGACGUCGGUGUUUGGCACGGUGCUGAACUACGUCACCCUGCGCUUGGUCGGGGUCGACGCCGACCACCCUAACAUGGUAAAGGCGCGCGCAACAAUCCACAAGCUCGGCGGAGCAACACACGCUCCCCAUUGGGCAAAGUUCUGGUUGUCGGUGUUGGGGGUUGCAAAAUGGGAUAUCGUCAAUCCAGUGCCGCCUGAGCUGUGGCUUCUGCCUGACUGGGUCCCCAUCGCGCCAUGGCGAUGGUGGAUUCACAUGCGGCAGGUUUUCCUAGGCAUGAGCUAUCUGUGGUCGAAGAAAUGGCAGGCCGAAGAGACGGACACGAUUCGCUCCCUGCGGAACGAACUCUUCGUCGAGGACUGGGACACGAUCAACUGGGCUGCGAACCGAAACACAAUUCAUCCCAUGGAUAAUUACCAUCCCAAGUCGAUGGUUUUGAACACGAUCAAUUGGUUGCUGGUAAACGUCUGGAACCCAUAUCUCCGAACAAAUUCCUUGGCUGCGAAGGCCGAGGCGUGGGCAUCGGAGCUCAUCAAUAUGGAGGACCUCAACACCGACUAUGCAGAUCUGGCUCCUGUCAAUGCCGCCAUGAACCUGGUUUGCUGCUACGCUCGAGAUGGGCCUGAUGCGUACUCGGUGCGUAGACACCGAGAGAGGAGCCACGAGUUUCUGUGGGUGCAGCAGGAGGGCCUCCUCUGCAACGGCACGAACGGCGUGCAGUGCUGGGACACGGCUUUCGCCAUCCAAACCAUGCAGGAUGCCGGGCUCACCCAGGACCCGCGCUGGCGGCCCAUGCUGAUGAAAGCCCUCGAGUUCCUUGACAGGCAACAGAUGCGGGAAAACGUCAAGGACCAGGCCAAGUGCUACCGCCAACAGCGCAAGGGCGGCUGGGCGUUUAGCAACAAAGACCAAGGCUACGCCGUCAGCGACUGUGUGUCCGAGGCCCUCAAGGCCGUCAUCAUCCUCCAAAAGACGCCGGGCUUCAAGACGUUGAUCUCUGACCAACGGAUAUUUGACGCCAUUGAUACUCUUCUCACAUAUCAGAACCCCUCUGGUGGCUGCUCGUCGUAUGAACCCCAACGGGCAGGUACUUGGAUGGAAGUCCUGAACGCGGCCGAGGUGUUCGGCAACAUUAUGGUUGAGUAUGAGUACCCGGAAUGCACCACGGCGGUUGUUACUGCCUUGUCGCUUUUCUCGAAGCACUGGCCAGACUAUAGAUCCAAAGAUAUCCGACUCUUUGUUGACCGGGCCGUCAAGUGGAUCAAAAGCGCCCAGAAGCCUCAUGGCGGCUGGUACGGGGCAUGGGGCAUCUGCUUCACAUAUGCUACCAUGUUUGCGCUUGAGAGCCUGGCCAGCAUCGGAGAGACAUAUGAGACCAGCGAGUACUCCAAGAGGGGGUGCGAUUUCCUCCUUUCUAAACAGAGAGAGGACGGCGGCUGGUCCGAGCAUUACAAGGCGUGCGAGACGAGCGAAUACCACGAGCACCCUUCUGGCUCCCAGGUCGUGAUGACUUCGUGGGCACUAAUUGGUCUCAUGAAGGCCAAAUACCCCGACGUCGAGCCCCUCAAAAGGGGAGUCAAGCUGAUCAUGGAGCGGCAACAGCCCAAUGGCGAGUGGCUGCAGGAGGCGAUUGAAGGCGUGUUCAACAAGAGCUGCAUGAUUUCGUAUCCGAACUACAAGUUCACGUUCACCAUGAAGGCAUUGGGCAUGUUUGCUCACAGGUACCCCGACGAGAAGGUGGUGUGAUCUGCAGGCUUUUGUUGAAACGGAGAACUAAACGAACUAGAACAGCAUUAAUACUAGGCCUAAACUCAAAUAAUAAUAAUAGCUGAUAUUGGAAAGAGAGAUGUCGUUCUUGCGGCGACGUGGACCAAAAUCGCGAAUUAUUGGCCGAAGCCCACUAUCCGUAGAAACCUGGGGAAACCCCCCAAAUGAUGGAUGGGAUGGGGACCUGGUGAGGGGCGCUUACCCUGAAAUAGAAGGCGGUGAGAGGAAGGCGGGGCCGCCUUCACGUCACAUAGCCGGCAGAAUAGAAGCUCACGAUCAACCCCACUACAGCUCUCUGCCUAGGGACGUUGGUUGGU